GUCCGCUGUUCGCCGACGCAAUGGCAGAUCGGUGGUUUAUGCAAAUAAACAGAACGCUCCGAUUUGACGACAAGCUCCGAAGACCACAGUGGCACCAUGCCAACAAGCUGUCGCCAAUAUCCGAGCUGUGGAGCAGCUGGAAUUUCCAGCUGCAAAAAAUGUACAGCGUGGGACGUGGACGAGAAGCUAAUUGCAUUCCGAGGACGCUGCAAUUUCAAGCAGUACAUGCCGGCAAAACCAGCAAAGUAUGGUAUUAAGAUUUGGGCACUGUGUGACGCUCAAACGUCAUACGCCUCCAAGCUUGAGGUUUCCACCGGCAAGCCUUCAGGGGGCACACGUGAAGUCAACGUUGGAAUGCGUGUGGUGCUGGGGCUCAAGGACUCGCUGGAAGGGCACACAAUCACCACGGACAAUUUUUUUACCUCCAUACCGCUUGCACAAGAACUAAAAAAAAAAACUACCUUUUGGGUAUGGUAAGGAGGAACAAGCCGGAGCUCCCUGCAGAAAUUACCCAAAUUGCAGGAAGGCAGCCCCUCUCAAGCAUUUUUUGCUUCACCAAAGACCUGGCUGUGGUAUCAUACAUUCCCAAAAAAGGGAAAAAUGUGCUGGUGCUCAGCACAGCACAUAAAGAGCCAAAAAUGGAGGACGGGGGCAAGAGAAAGCCACAAAUGAUUAUUGAUUACAAUAAAUCCAAGGGAGCCGUGGAUCACUUGGACCAGGCAUGUGGAAUGUAUUCAACAUGCCAGCGAGCACAACGGUGGCCAAUGUGCUUGUUCUUCCACAUGUUGGACAUUUCGGCAUUCAAUGCGUUUUUACUGUACACGGCUGUGAACACAACAUGGAAUGCCAAUAAACUAUAUAAAAGAAGGCUGUUCCUCGAGGAGGUUGGCAAUGCGCUAACCCUGCCAGAGGUUCGGCGGAGAAAGCCAGAGACUGCUGCAGGAGAGAUGCAGACUGCAGUGCAGCAACAUGAGGCCACAUUGUCUUCGCUUACAUUGCCUUCGUCCAAGCGAAGGCAAUGUGGCCUCUGCACAGAGAGACGAAUCGCAUCAAAUGCAUGUGAGAAGUGUGGGACCCCCAUGUGCCGAAAACAUAUGAAGAACAUUUGUAAAAAUUGUUAA